AUGAUCCACCGCGAAGUAGCCGAUGGUCUAGAGCGUCUUUGGAACGUAAGAGUAAACUGCAUAUGGGAAGCCGAUGAAAGUAGUCGCCAUGGAGAGGUUUAUAUAUUCGACCAUGUAUUUAAGCAGGAAUGUACAAAUUCAGAUGUAUAUGGAUCUGUAGUAAAACCUUUAGUCGAUUCCUUCAUGGAAGGUUUCAAUGCCACAAUAUUUGCAUAUGGCCAAACAUCUUCUGGCAAAACACACACCAUUUUGGGCAAUAAAACAGAUCCUGGGCUUUUCCAAUUAGUAUCCAAUCAGUUAUUCCAGCAUGUGGCAGACCAGGUUGAUAAGAGGUACUUGAUUAGAUGCAGUUAUAUUGAAAUCUACAAUGAAAAGAUCAAUGACCUCCUGGAUAAGAGCAAUCAGGGUUUAACUAUAAGAAGAUAUCAAAGAAGAUAUCAAAGGAAAUGUGCUGCAAUGGAAGCUGUCGUAGACAAUGUUGAUAAAGUUAUGGAGAACAUGAUGCAGGGCAAUAAGAUCAGACGAGUUGCAGCUACUCGCAUGAAUGAGAGGUCAUCUCGAUCACACACGAUUUUCCGGAUUAUUCUGGAGUCGAAAGAUGCCAAUCAGAAAGAUGGACCUGUACAUAUAAGCUACCUUAACUUAAUGGACUUAGCUGGUUCUGAGAGAGUUUCUCUGACGAAAGCUGCUGGUGAGCGUCUUAAAGAGGGGGCUAACAUAAACAAAUCUUUGUCAGUAUUAGGAAAUGUGAUAAGGCAACUAAGCGAGGGGAAGGAGUUUAUCAGUUAUCGCGAUUCGAAAUUGACUAGACUGCUCUCACAGGCUCUUGGCGGUAAUGCCAAAUCAUUGAUUAUCGGGAAUGUUACUUUAGCUGCAGAGGAGGAGACUAGAUCUACACCAGAAUUCGCCCAAAGCACUAAAACUGUCAAAAAUAAAACGAAAGUAAACAUCUUGUCAGCUACAGAAGAGACACUUCAAGGAUAUCAGAACUUGACUCGCGAUCUCGAAACUCGGCUCAAAAAGCAGGCAAUUAAGCUAAAAGAGAUGGAUAAAAGCAAACAAGAGUAUCUGCUCGAGAUAGAAAGACUAAAAACGGAAGUAUCUAUUGUCGGGCGCUUUCAAAUGGGAGCCUCGGCAUCAACACCGAAAAAAACAUUAAGACGUCAUACUUUUGGACACUAUGGCAACGUAUCACCUAAAAAAGCAUCCCUAGGGUAUAUGCCAUUGAAAAAUUAUCCACCCAAAGAAGAAUCAUCCGGACGUGAAAUGAGGCCUAUUCAAGAAGAGACAUAUGAGGAGGCACUAGCCGAAGCAGAAUCUGUGAUAGCUGAAGACGUGCAAGUGUACUUAAAAGACAACUCAAAGAACUGGAAGAAUCUUUCAAUGAGCUUAGAGAAUUCACUAAACUAG